AUGUGCCCAGGGGAGGAUUCGGUCAGCUUCCCCAAUCCUCUGCCCGUCUGGACAGAGCACUUGCUCGGAGAGCAGACUGCAGCCGUGGAGGACACUGUGAGUCGACACAGGAGCCGCACCCUUGUUGUACCCUGCGUCUGUCUGUGCGGCUGGGCACCUGGACAUCGGAGGUCACCUGCUCCGCCGGGAACCCUGGGAGACAGCGUCAUGACCCUGACCUUCAUUGCUCUGCUCUCUCUCGGGCUGUGUGGGGGCCCCUGGGACCAGGUCUGGGCAGAGGCCCUCCCCAGACCCUCCCUCUGGGCUGACCCAGGCCCCAUGGUCAGCAAGGGCAGCCCUGUGACCCUCUGGUGUCAGGGGUCUCUGCGGGCUGAUGCCUACACUCUGUAUAAGGAGAGGCGCUCUGAGCCCCGGCUUACGAGGAUCCCACAGGCCUCCAGCAACAAGACCGAGUUCCGCAUUCCAUCCACGACCUCACACGAUGCAGGGCUAUACGAGUGUGCCUACAGCGCUGGGCGCACCCUGUCUGAGCGCAGUGAGCCCCUCGUCCUGGUGGUGACGGGAGCGUUCAGCGCACCGUCCCUCGAAGCCCAGCCAAGCCCGGUGGUGACCGCAGGGGGGAACGUGUCCCUGGUGUGUAGCUCACAGUCAUCAUUCGGCCCUUUCCACCUGCUGAAGGAGGGAGGGGCUGAGCCCGCCCGACACAUGGCAUCGCAAUGGAGUGACUCACACAGCAGCGGGCAGGCCGUCUUCCCUGUGGGCCCCGUGAGCGCCUCCCACGGGGGAACCUACAGAUGCUACGCUUCUCCCAGCUCCUACCCCAAUGUGUGGUCACAUCCGAGUGACCCUCUGCGCAUCGAGGUCACAGGCCUGUACAGGUCGCCCUCCCUCCGGGCCCAGCCAGGCUCCCUGCUGCUGCCUGGGGACUACCUGACCCUCCAGUGUCGCUCGGAGCCCGGCUUUGACAGAUUCGCUCUGACCAAGGACGAGGGGCCCACACCCCCUCAGCAUCUCCUCUCCCAAGGAGAGACAGGAGACAGGGCCGCAUGGUGUUUGGGGGCGGGGUCACGCAAACAUCUCCUUGCACCAGAUCAAACUGGUGACUGA